AAAUAAUAGAUCAAGCCACCAAGAAGUUCUAUACGAACGAUUAUUACCAAUUUCAAAAUGCAGAAGAAAAACGAAAGCAAAUGAUAGACUCUGGCACCUCAUUUGUAAAGGGACCCGAACAGAAUCACCCAAAAGCAGUGUAUCAUGCUAGAUUAUUAAAUAACAUUGUAGAGACUGCAAAUGCUAUUAAAAAUUCGAGAGAUUCGUUUAACCUUACGAAACCUUCAGCAGCUAGUGAAGAGAUAUUGGUGCCGCCUGAAAUUCAAGUAGAACCCCUAAGACCAAAAAACGUUAGAAGAAGGCAUUAUCAAAAAGGGAAUUGUUCUAACUGCAACACAUACAGAAGAUAUGCGGAUACGGACAAGAAAAUUUGCAGGCUUUGUUCUUUUGCAGAAUUAUUUCCAAAAAGUAAAAAUCAAGAUAUUAAUAACUUCCUCAUAAGAUCAUCUAAUAAUAAAGGAAAAAGCAUUUUAGAGUGGAUACCAUAUGAGGAUUUUUCGAAUGUAGAAUACAUUGGAAAAGGUGGAUUUAGUGAAGUUCACAAAGCGAUGUGGAGCAGGGGACAUAUUAAACAUUGGAAUUUAAUAACGGGAGAAGUAGUUCGUUCCGAACCCGUGGAAGUAGCGUUGAAAGUGCUUGAUAAAUCAAAAGAUAUAAAUUCAAACUUCCUAAAUGAAGAUCCCAAAACCGAAAAUUACAUUUUUGUCAUGCAAUAUGCAAAUUAUGGGAGUUUGAGUGAACUCUUGGCAAAUGAAUUUUAUAACAAGGAAAAUCUAGAUCCCGAAGAACUUCAAAUGGCAGCGAAAAAACGUGUAGAAAUGAUAAAAUCUGGAAUUCCAUUUGUAGAAAAAUUUGGAUUCAAACAUUCAAAGACAAACCAUGAAGCUGAAGAAACUGAUGAUUUCCAUGAGAAAAUAGAUG